GGAGAUGAGGCGGGUCGGGCUGCGCGCGCUUUAACCCGCACAUUCAGCCCCACCGGAGCGCGAGCGCGCAGGAUACACACACACGCGAGCACGCAGCGCGCGCCUCACUGGACUAUCCACCUUCAACUUGGGCUCGACUGCAGGGCUGACUGAUUGUGAUUCUGAUUCUCAGAGUGAUCAGGAGUGAUCAUGUGGAGGAUGAGGAGUCUCCUGCUGGGCAGCGUGACCCUCCUGGUCCUGGUGUUUUCCUCUCUCUCCGUCCAGGAGAACCUUUUCACCUCCAUCCCUCCUCUCUCUGCUCCCCGGGUGUACCUGGCGUUUAAAGAGGUGAAGUCCACGGGCACGGCUCAUCACUUCGCCUUCCUGCUGAACUCCACAGACUACAGGAUCCUGCGCAUGGACGAGGAUCACGACCGCAUGUAUGUAGGCAGUAAAGACUACAUCCUCUCUCUGGACCUGAACGACAUCAACAAAGAACCUCUUAUUAUCCACUGGCCCGUAGCUCCUCAGAGGAGGACUGAGUGUGUUCUAUCAGGGAAGGACAUCAAUGGCGAAUGUGGAAAUUUUAUCCGGCUAAUCGAGCCGUGGAACCGGACUCAUCUCUACGUCUGUGGGACGGGGGCUUAUAACCCCAUCUGCACCUACGUGGACAGAGGUCACAAAGCUCAGGCUUUGCUCCACCAGCAGGGCCCUCGCGGUGGAGGCCGGACCAGCCGGGCCGCAGACCCCAGCGCCUCACCCGAGCCGUAUGCACCCAAGGAAUAUAUUUUCCGUCUGGAGCCGGGUAAAGUGGAUUCUGGGAAAGGAAAAUGUCCUUUUGACCCCAAACUGAACAGCGUCUCUGCUUUGAUCAAUGGCCAGCUGUAUGCCGGAGUCUACAUCGAUUUUAUGGGAACAGAUUCGGCCAUUUUCCGCACACUCGGAAAACACACAGCCAUGAGGACUGACCAGUAUAACUCACGCUGGCUGAAUGAUCCAACAUUCGUCCACGCUCAGCUCAUCCCAGACAGCGCAGAGAAGAACGACGACAAGCUGUACUUCUUCUUCCGGGAGAAAGCGUCCGAGAUGGGCCAGACCCCGAUGGCACAGUCCAGGAUUGGAAGGAUCUGUCUGAAUGAUGACGGGGGUCACUGCUGUCUGGUUAAUAAGUGGAGCACCUUCCUGAAGGCUCGGCUUAUCUGUUCAGUAACGGGAGCCGAUGGUAUUGAAACGCACUUCGACGAGCUCAGGGACGUGUUCAUCCAGAAGACUCAGGACACUAAGAACCCCGUCAUCUAUGGAGUCUUCUCAGUUUCUGGGUCAGUAUUUAAAGGUUCAGCUAUAUGUGUGUAUUCCAUGGCUGAUGUGCGGAUGGUGUUUAACGGCCCCUUCGCUCAUAAGGAAGGUCCAAACUACCAGUGGAUUCCCUACCAGGGCAAAAUCCCCUACCCUCGACCCGGAACAUGUCCAGGAGGGACUUUCACCCCCAACAUGAAGUCCACUAAAGAUUACCCAGAUGAGGUCAUUAACUUCAUGAGGACUCACCCCACCAUGUACAACGCUGUGUACCCGGUGCACAAGCGCCCCCUGGUGGUGCGCACCAACGUCGACUAUGAGUUCACCACCAUCACUGUGGACCAGGUUGCUGCUGCUGACGGAAACUAUGAGGUGCUUUUCUUAGGAACAGACAGAGGAACAGUACAGAAGGUCAUUGUUCUGCCUCGAGAUGAUCUACAGACUGAAGAGCUGGUUCUGGAGGAGGUAGAGGUAUUCAGAGUUCCAACACCAAUAACCACAAUGAAGAUUUCUCCUAAAAGACAACAACUGUACGUGAGUUCAGCAGUGGGCGUGACUCACCUGGCGCUGCACAGGUGUGAUGUUUAUGGUGAAGCGUGUGCAGACUGCUGCCUCGCCCGCGACCCCUACUGCGCCUGGGACGGCAAGUCCUGCUCCCGGUACUCAGCCAAUCAGAAGAGGCGUAGUCGGAGGCAGGAUGUGAAGUACGGUAACCCCAUCAGACAAUGCAGAGGCUACAACUCCAAUGCCAAUAAGAACACUCUGGAGUCAGUGCAGUACGGUGUUGAGGGAAGCACAGCGUUUCUGGAGUGCCAGGCCAGAUCUCCUCACGUAUCAAUCAAAUGGCACUUCCAGAAGGAGAACAGUGAUAGAAGAAGAGAGAUUCGUUCGGACGGUCGCGUGGUUCGCACGGAUCAGGGUCUCCUCCUGCGCUCGCUGCAGAUGUCGGACGCCGGCAGCUACCAGUGCACCUCCACCGAGAAGAACUUCAAGCACACACUGGUGAAGCUGCAGCUGGUGGUGCUGUCCGGCCGCACCGUCAACAGCAUCCAGGCGGAGACGUCCGGCCCCGCCCCCCUCGGCCCCCUGCACGCCAGCGCGUGGACGCCCAGCGCUGAGCAGUACAAAGACCUGCUGACCAUCCUGAGCCAGCCGGAGAUGGGCCUGAUCAACCAGUACUGCCAGGACUACUGGCAGCUGGGGGACGACCCGGCCGCCGGCGUCCACCGGAAGAAAGACUCCAAGGAGCUGAAGGAGCAGCGCAAACCUCGCAACAGGAGACACCACGAGGGCCAGCGGAGUAUGCCGGAGACAUGAGGAGGAGGCCUGCUCUCCAAACAUAAAUAUAUAUAUACACAUAUAUAUAUAUACAUGCAGGUGCAUCUCAAAAAUUUGAAUAUAGAAUAUCAUUGAAAAACGUAUUAUAUUAUUUUGACGUAUUACAUUUGUUUCUUUUAUCGUUGAUGAUUAUCGCUUACAACCAAUGAAAACCCAAAACUUUUUGCGGUGUGGGCAGUGUGCCAAGUCCUGCUGGAAAAUGAAAUCUGCAUCUCCAAACCAUCACUGAUUGGUUGAAGCUUCACUCCAGACCUUCCCUUCCCAGAUUUUCCCUUAAGUUUUGUUUUCCCACAAAAUCUUACAGCACUUCAUGCUUUCCUCUGCUGAAAACAACUUUUACAGAGAUGUGGAUUUCCUUUUCCAGCAGGAUUUGGCACGCUGCCCACAUUGCCAAAAAAUGUACCAAUUGGUCUUAUUUAAUAUAAAAAUUUUUCGAGAUACUGACUUUUUUAUAUGGGUUUUCAUUGGCUGUAAGCCAAAAUCAGUCAUCAACAAUUAAAGAAAUAAGCGCUUAAAAUAGAUCACAUUUUGAACUGAAUUACUAAAAUAAAAUAACUUUUCAAUGAUAUUCUAAAUUUUUUACAUGCACCUGUACACACACAUACACACACACACACCAACAUGCACACACUUCCUUUCACCACAAGAUCCGAGAUCCAAGCUACGGUCAAAAACAGCCCGACGCAUCGCGGCCGAGUGACUGAACGGACACACUAGAGCAGCGCGUGGUGAGAAUAGGCAGUAUUUAUUGUAGGUUGUACAUAGUUAGACUCUGUGGAUAUCUUUGUACUGAGAGCACAAUACGAGAAAAAAAAAAAAAACUUUUUUUUUUUUGUGUAUAGAUCCUUCCGUGCAAAUAUUUUGUCAUUAUUGUUAUUCUUCUUAUAGUAUAUUUAUUAUAGUGCUAUUGUCAUAUGGAGCUGUGUGAUUGAUUGUAUUACGAGGGAUGGCAGAAGCUUGUAAAAGCUUUUAUUCUGUAAACACUGAGCAGGAAAAACAUGGUGGGCAUCUACCUGUAGGUGCUCUGAGGUGGCCUCCAUACAGUGUGAACCACGAGAGCUGUGGGACUUAUAGAUUGAGAGCAUGGCUGUUUUGGUCAAUUUUCACUUUCCACUCUUCACUGGUCCAUUAGUCAAUUUUUUAGUUGCUAAACAAAAAAACAAGCAUUAGCCAGGUAUACUAUACCACUAUACAGUACCAUUUAAAACUUUGACACACCUUAAAUUCAGUGUUUUUCAUUAUUUUAAAAUGUACUACACUGUAGAUUGAUACUAAAGUUAUCCAAACUAUGAAGAAAAAACUAUGGAAUUAUUUAGUAUGGCUUUCAGUUAACAGCUGUGCUGAACUCAUCAAGAAUUCAGUACUUGAAUUUCUUGUCUCUUAAUGUGUUUGAGAGCAUCAGCUGUAAAGUAGUAAAGGGGUAGAGUUCAUAUACUAUGGUGGCUGAGAAAGCCCAAUGCACUGCAAAUUGGAAAGCUGCAAAACUACAAAACACAUCCAUCACAAUUUCAACACAGGUGCUGCAAAUACAGAAAUUUGCUGCAAAUACAACCAAAGCACAACAGAAUGUCCCUGGGGAGCCCUAAAAGAUGCUGUACCCCUAAGCUACAUGUUCAGUAACAUCUCUGACUUCGCAGUGUGUAGAGAAGACUAUUAGUACCAACCAAACUUCCGAAAAGUAAGCUAUGUUUGUUAAUUGUAAUUACCAUGGUUUUAUACAUAUUAAAAUGCUGCUUUACCAAACGUUACUGAAGACGUACUUUAGGGGUACAGCAUCUUUUAGGGUCCCCCUGGGAAAAAUCCAUUGUGUUGUGAUGUUUUUUGUGCUUUUGCAGCCCUUUUCAGUUUGCAAUACGUUUGGCUUUCUCUGCUACUGUAGUAUACAGCGAAUAGCACUAUUUGAGUAAUGUUCCAAUACAUAUUAUGGCAAGAAAUACUCAAUUAAGGCAAGGCAAGUUUAUUUAUAUAGCACCUUUCAUACACAAUGGACAUUCAAAGUGCUUUACAAAUUAAAUACUAGAAAAUACAAAGUGAGGUCAAAUUACAAAUACAUGUAACAAUAAAAAUGGGAAUAAAAGAAUCGAUUAAGAAUAAAGCAUGGAUAAAUUAAGAACAUGUAAAAUAAUAAUUGUAAUUUAAGAUAAAUAGUAUAAGAACAAUGUUAAAAGAAAAUAAAAAAGAAAAGUAAAUACAAGACAUUAUAAUUAAAAUAAUAUUCAAGUAAUGAAAAAAUUAAGAACAAAAAUCAAUAUAACAAUGUGCACAGCAGAGAAAUUAAGGCCCCGUCCACACGAAUCCGGAUAUUUUUAAAAAUUAAAAUUAAUUUUAAAGUGGUGUCUCAAAAACGCUGAAAUGAACAGAGAUUCUCUAGACAUUCUGUAGUUUUCUCGUCACUUCUCAGCAACAACUACUUAAUUUUCAAAAUUGUCCCACCAGAUGCUUGUUGGACCAGACCUGGUCCAGAAUUUUCGUUCGACAGGAGGAUCAGAAAAAAAAAUGCAUGCAGUGCAUUUUGGUGCCUCCGCUGUGUUCGGUAAUGUAAGAGUUACAUUAAAUUAAGCGGUGAACAUGUUAUUAAUCCACAAAAUGCAGAGGGAACAGAACCAAUCCAGACGCUGUUCAUAUUUCAGGCUCAUUCUGAACAGGCUAAGCUAAUGUAAACUAAAAGUAGACAUGCAGACUCGCUGUGUGACAAAAAUGUCCACCCUGGAAGGCGUUUUUUGAAAAGCUCCAUUUUUAGUGACCGAAAAUGCCGUUUUUGUGUGGAUGGAAGGCUAAAAUGAACACAAAAAACUCAGUUCAUAAAAAUAUUCGGAUUCCUGUCGACGGUGCCUUAGUAAAGAAUAAAAAAAAUACUUUAAGAAAAAAUGAAGGUCAGUCAAUCCGAAAAGAAGAAUUUCAAGAACUUUUAAAGUAUCUUCAAGUGCAGUCACCGCAAAGACCAUCAAAAAUGUUAUGAUGAUGAAACUGGCACUCAUCAGGAUCACCCCAGGAAAGGAAGAGCGAGAGAUUCCUCUGUUGUACAGGAUAAGUUCAUCAGAGUUACCAGCCUUAGAAACCACAAGUUAACAGAUAAGAGCAUCUAAAAGCUUCUUCACAGAGUAUUCUGCUUUGUUUAACAUUUCUUUUAAGUUACUACAUGAUUCCUUAUGUGUUCCUUCAUAAUCUGAUAGAUCACUUUACUAUUUAUUUAUGAUUUUUGACUGAUACAGUAUAUUCUAAGUGUUUUUUUGUACAAAAAAAUAGUUAAGCUUUAACUAUACUACUCUGAAUAUCUGAAUAUAUAUAUAUAUAUAUAUAUAUAUAUAUAUAUAUAUAUAUAUAUAUAUAUAUAUAUAUAUAUAUAUAUAUACAUAUAUAUAUUACAUAUAUAAUAUAUAUAUAUACAUAUACAUAUAUAUAUAUACAUAUAUAUAUAUAAUCACACUGGUUUAAACCAGAGACUGUAAAAAAGAUGGACAUCGUGUCUUCGUUCCCAUUCAUUCAAUGAAAUUGAAGCCAAAAUCUUCCACCAUGUUGGCGAUCCUGAAACCCGAUUCUGCGCAGUAGAGACCAGAGGAGGGAGAAAGACUGUGGAGAGACAGCCUACUCAUUUAAAUAAUCCCGCCCCUGAAAGCUUCCUCGAGGUCACAGGCUGCAGAGCAGAGCGGAGCUGAGGGUCUGUUAUUGGUCCCGCCCAUAACCAGCCCUUUUACAAUAACCACACUUUUUUUUAAUAGAUCUGAAUAACGUUUUAAAAAUUAAUUAUGUGGGGAUAUAAAAUUUGACAAUAUAAGCAGAGGUUACACUAGCUGUUACAUUUAAAUAAAGGAGGUAGAAUUACAGUAUAUUAGAAAAAAAUGUCUGUUUUGCCAUUGAAACCUAUGGGGAUGGGUGGGGUAACGCAGCUUUCUGCAGCCGAACAGCAGGGGGCGCCCGACCUGUGGUGGCUUCACUUUUGAGAGACGAUGCUCUGUCCAGCUAUACACCGUCUAUGGUUUAAACAUAACCAUUGGAAAGUCAUCCAGUGGCAAACAAACUGACUAGAAAGGCUAAUGAAUCAGACCGACUUCUCACAGCCAUGAACCCAAACUAGAGGAUCUCCAGCUCGGUAUGGAGGUCAGGUAUCAGGUAGCCGUAGCCCCACUGUUUUGUUCUCUCUGUGUUUUAUCACUAAAUCUAGGCUCGGAGUGAUUCAGCAGUUUUUAAAGGCCGUAGUCGUGAUGGACACUUCGGCUGCCGCUGCUGGUGCUGCUGCUGGUGAUUAGUAUGUGUGGAGCUCCACUCUUUGAGGACGUGUUUGAGGACUGAAGAUGUGUUCGCUCGUUUGGACGAUGCCGUGUACAUUUUCAACGAACCUUAUCCAAAUAUCCAGAGCAGUUCAGCAUCCAAUACGCUCCUUUGUAACAGUCUUGAUCUUCCAUAAUGUCUACAAUGUGUGUACAGUUCGAGUCUCCUGUCGGCCGUGUACUGUAGGUCUGAUCUGAGUCCAGUAGACAGAACUCCCACCUGUACAUCUGUACAUCUGCUUCCUAACGUUUGCACAGCAAAAAACCCUCAGCGUUGGAUGAACUGCAGUAGUGUUUAAUGGAUUUAUAGUGUAUUACCCAAAAACUGCACUCAAAUUCACUCAAGAGUUGGUUGGAGUAUUGACGAAUGGAUCCAGACGCCUAAAGAAUCUUAACUCAACAACGCAAACAGUUACGAACAUGAACGUUGCCUACGUUCGAAGGCAAUGUUGUAAGAAAUGAUUUAUUUAAUAUUCUGUGUUGUGUCACUAUUUAGAAAAUGAACAAUUUCACACCAAAUUCAGCUCUAAGGGCCCUAUUGUACACCCUAGCUUUUCCUGCGUUGUUUAAAUAGCAACAGUGCUUCUAAAAAUACAGCUCUGUAAAAAAAAGAGAGUUGUUUUAUUCUAUAAACUACAGACAACAUUUCUCCCAAAUUCCAAAUAAAAAUAUUGUCAUUUAGAGCAUUUAUUUGCAGAAAAUGAGAAAAAGAAAUGGCUGAAAUAAUGAAAAAGAUGCAGAGCUUCAUAUUCAUAAAGUUUGAAGAGUUCAGAAAUCAAUAUUUGGUGGAAUAACCCUGGUUUUAAUCACAGUUUUCAUGCAUCUUGGCAUCACGUUCUCCUCCACCAGUCUUACACACUGCUUUUGGAUAACUUUAUGCUGCUUUACUGCUGGUGCAAAAAUUCAUUCAAGCAGUUCAGUUUGGUUUGAUGGUUUGUGAUCAUCCAUCUUCCUCUUGAUUAUAUUCCAGAGGUUUUUACUUUGGUAAAAUCAAAGAAACUCAUCAUUUUUAAGUCGUCUCAUUUUUUUCCAGAACUGUAUCUACACUAAGGGGCGAGGUGGUCUGCAAUGCAACUUUAACAGAUGUCAACAUUCAGACGUUCAUUGCUAUCUUGGCAGUGAAUUGUGAACAGGCGCAUCCUCUUGUCUCGAAGUAUUGCACAAACUCAAACUUUGCAAACUUUAUCUCAACAGCAAACAGAAUGAACGAGUGUUAAACGAGCAGCUCAGUUUCCUCUGCUGAGAAGCGCUGGUUGGACACGUCCAGAUAGCUGCACCGUUAAAAUAGCAAUCUGCUAAAGUCAGAGAUCACCUGAUUCUUCAAAUCAAGUGACACAUUGAUUGGUUUACUAUUUCAAGUUACACCCAAAAUUAAACACACUCAUGAUUGAUUAAGAGAAUUAGUACAUACCUUUUGCUCUUUUGUUUCGAGCCACGCGAGGUGUACUUUUCCCAUCGUUACGAUAGCAAAGGUCGCUAAAAUAGAGCCCCUAAGUGAGACUAAAAUCAACAGACUGCACAUUUUCUGCACAAGUUAUUUGUAAAUAGUGCAUUUAAAUAUGGCACACACAACCCAAACUGACCCAGACUUUACUAUACCUCGUCUUUUUAUCCAAAAUGCAUCCAAAAGUGUAAAAGUUUAAACUGAACGAAUAUACCAUACAUAUAGUCAGAACUUUAUAUCAGAACAUUCAGAGGAAGCACUUUCAACCACCUUAUAUUUGGUCGUCUAAACUGUCAUCCAAACUAAAACUAAGCAGAACUUUGGGAGGAUAGUUUUUAUUUUUAUUUUUUAGUUCGUUUUAUCUUUUUUGCAUGAAAUGUAUUUGUACUGUACAGGUAUAUUAGUCCAGAUCCCCCGGAUAUGUUGCUGUGUAGAUGUUUCUGGAUGGUCUUUUUAUGUGAGAAUGACUUUAUGUAAAAAUACCACUGCAAAAAGGGACAGAGAGACUGAAUUUUGAGGGACAAAAGGACUAUUUUAAGCACAAGACAAGAUGUUACGAAACUCUACGAACUCUCAACGGACUUCCACGUCUCUCUCUCUCGCCUCUCUUGUGUACUUUGUUUGGAAUGUGGUAAAGCCGGCUGCUUCAAACGACUGUUGUACAAAUUUAUUGGGUCUUUUAUUUGUAAGACAUCAUACAUUCAUUGUGGUUCGUCCUUUAUUUUGUCUUUGUUUUUAUAUUUUUUUCUUGUGGGAUAAGAAAAAAAAAAAAAAACGAUUGGAAUUAGAUGUAUUUCAAAGUUAAUGUUAUUGUACUGACUUUAAUGCAUUCGUUUUUCUUUUUCUUUCUUUCAUCGUUGUUGUUGACUAAUUAAAAUUCUAUAUUUUAUAACA